AUGUCCUCUUACUUUAACCGCUGCAACUCCAUCCGUGUAGAGAGCGGAAACUGGAUUCUCUAUGAACACCCCAACUAUAGAGGACACCAGUAUUAUCUAUGGAGAGGAGAAUAUCCUGACUUCCACCAGUGGAUGGGUUUCAAUGAUUCCAUCAAAUCCUGUCGCCUGACACCUCCGCACCAUGGCCCUUUUAAAUUAAGAAUUUAUGAGAGAGGAGACUUCAAAGGCCAGAUGAUGGAAUUUACAGAGGACUGCCCCCAUGUCUAUGAGAGAUUUCGCUACCACGACAUUAACUCUUGUAACGUACAUGAUGGUCAUUGGAUGUUUUAUGAAGAACCCAACUACAGAGGACGUCAGUACUAUCUGAGACCUGGAGAAUACAAGAAAUACUCUGAAUGGGGAGCUCUAAAUGCCCGUAUUGGAUCCUUUAGAAGACUGCAUCACCUGUAUUAA